AUCUACAGUGUCAUAUUCCACCUCACUGUAGGUGGUUUAUUUGUUCUCUGGCGCUGAUGUCACCACUGACAGUCGUUUAUCUCCGGUUUUUUAAGUAGCUCGCACAUAAUCCAAACAUAACUGUCAAAGCACGCACUUACUGAAGAACACAGUUCAAGAGUUCAAGUUUACACCCUCUGACUACAAGAUUUUAUUGUUCUUCAAACAGGAUUAAAGUGUAGCAGUAUGAAGCUGGAGCUGGAGCUGGAGCUGGACAACUCUGGGAGUCGAUAUCGCCUGGCCCAGUCUACUGUGGGCCUACUGGGCUGCCUGUGUGUCACCUACUCUGUGUGGAGCCCCGGCUGGCUGGGCAAUAAGGGAUUGUGGACUCACUGGAACGCCACAGAGGCAGAUCAGACCCAGCCGGCUGGACGACCCUCAGAGGGGCUCUUCUUCAACGUCCUGGAGGCAGAGCGAGUGUUUGCGGUCCUGUCCUUCCUCAUGGCGGUGAGCUCUGGGGCUCUGUGUCUCGUCUUCACCUUCUGCUGGACGUCCCGGACGGUGCGCUCCUACUCCAACACCCGCUCGCUGCUCAUGGCUGGCCAGGCUCUGUACCCCACCACCCUGCUGCUCCUCACCCUGGGACCCACUGGAUUUUUCUUCUUUCUCAGCUGGACUCUCUUCACCUAUCAGCACUGGUUGGACAUAACCUUAACUUCCCUGGGCUCCUCCUAUUGGCUUGGGGCCCUGGGUUGGCUUCUGCUAUUGGUGGUUCUGCCCGUGGUCUUCCUGGUGGAGCAGUGUGUUGUCCCAGACGUCAUCGGUGAACUGAUGUUGUGGCAAAAGGAGAGCCAGCUGCCAUACGCCAUCCGCUCUCUCAGUGAGGGUCAUAAUCAUGGUAACAAAAGGACUAAUAAAGACUUGAGGAGGAUUGUCUCUGUGCCUUGAGUGAAGGAUAGUGGGUAAAAGCUUGACGACUCGACGACAAGGGACUCACUCACAGUUGUCCCUCUAUACCCCUUUGGAGGUAUUGACUCGGAAGUUUGUUCUGGAGUUUGUGUCUGUCUGGACUUUGCUGGAAUCAUCUCAAUGAGUCUACUGGGACACCUAUUCCUUGUUGGAUGAGCUGCAACAUGGAACAUGUUAAACGUUUGUGCUCCUCUGGAGCCCUCUUGUGGGGAUCAAGAGCUAGGCUCAUUGUGGGAAACCCACCUCUGCUUCUAAGUGUAGCUAAGUUCCCAGUUUGGAGAAAUGUAGAAACAGUAAAACUAUAAGCCUUCAUUGACAGUUAUUGACAAUAGCAUAGAAUGAUUUGAUGUCUUUGCAUUUCUUUAUCACGGUCUGUCCAUUGGUGUUCCCAGUGCCGUAUGACCUACAUUUCAAAUGUGAUCUUUUUCUUACCAGUCCUGUGAUCACUAACAAAGGUAGAAUGAAUGCUAUGAAAGGUGCUAGUUUUGAAUUUUUAUAUAUGCUAUCCUAUAUUAAGGAUGUCAACACACUCAUGUCAAUGUUAGCUUGAUCUGUGAUAAAUAUUGUUCACUUGCUCCUUUUGAUAAUAUAUUCUUAUAGGAAUAUGUAAACCUAUGAUUUAAAUGUUACAUAACUCUAAAUAUAGUCUCGUUCUCAGAAUGUACAGCUUUGUAUGUAUGCCAAACAUGAUUUUAAGACAUUUAAAAGAAAAUGUGUGAGCAUAA